AGACACCAUCGCAACUUUGGUCUAGUGUAGAGUUAUUGGUGACCUGUGAAGGCACAGAAGUCAUUUCUUCCUUUUGAGCUUUGUAUUUUGUGUGGACUCUAUUAAGUUGUGGACAACAUUGAGUGAAUGUUAGGAAUCCUUGUGAGAAGCCUUGGAAGACAACUUAUUAUGCUGAAGCAUGAAAAAGGGAAAGGAAUUUUUUAUUCAAUAGCAAAAACUGCGACAACAGAAGCCAAACACCACCCUACCCUUGUUCCAAUUCAUGGUAUUGUUUUUGAUUUGGAUGGCACCCUUACUUUACCUGUGUUGGACUUUGCCAAACUUCGUAAGGAGCUUCAGUGCCCUAAAGGUGUUGAUAUUUUGGAAUUUUGUAAUUCAAAAAUUGGACAGGAAAAGGAAGCUGCUCUUGAAAUUGUAGUAAAAUUUGAAGAGGAAGGAAGACAAAAUACCAAGCUACAACCAGGAGUGUUUGAACUACUUGAAUUUUUGUCUGCAAGCGGAUUAAAGAGAGCACUCAUCACAAGAAAUUUACAGGCUUCUGUGGAUCAGUUUUUGGCAUUAAUGGGCCAUCCAGAUGACUAUGGAGGUCCACUAACUCAUUCUCUCACUCGUGAGUUCACACCACCCAAACCAGAUCCUGCUCCCCUCCUUCACAUUUGCAGGGACUGGGGAGUUCAUCCUAAGAAUGUUGUCAUGGUGGGUGAUCAUCUUCAUGAUAUUCAGUGUGGUAAAAGUGCAGGAUCAGUGACAAUAUUACUGAACGAUUCAACUAAUGGUGAUUUCAAGAAGGAUGCGGACUUCAAUGUGGACUCUCUGAGUGAGAUUAUCACUUUGAUUACCUCUCACGAGAGAUUUUCUAUCAUCAGAGAAGAUCCUAAUACUGGAACAUAAAAGAAUAGACUCCUUCUUUUUUACCUCUGUUUAAUAGGAAUCUUGUAAUUAGGAAUAAAACCAGGUGUAAAAUCUUGA